AUGGCCGACGUGGAGAUGACCGACGCGCCUCCCAAGACCAAGACCUCCAAGGCCGACACUGCUGCCGACUCUGGAAAGAAGCGCUUCGAAGUCAAGAAGUGGAACGCUGUCGCUCUCUGGGCCUGGGAUAUUGUCGUCGACAACUGUGCCAUUUGCCGUAAUCACAUCAUGGACUUGUGUAUGCUCGCUCCCUGUCAUACUGUUCUCGCACACGACACUGACCACAAACACAAGGCNAUCGAUUGUCAAGCCAACCAAGCAUCCGCCACCAGUGAGGAAUGCACCGUAGCCUGGGGAAUCUGCAACCACGCCUUCCAUUUCCACUGCAUCUCACGUUGGCUCAAGACCCGUCAGGUCUGCCCUCUUGACAACAGAGACUGGGAGUUCCAAAAGUACGGCCGAUAA